CUAACGACAACCAUAGCUCCGCUCCUUGACAGGAUUUUUUCCAACACUUCACUUGGUCAUCGCCUCCUCGAAAGACUGACUCUCGUGAAUUUACGACAUACCCUCUAUCUAAUCACGCCCUACGAAACAUCGGUGCAAACCUUAGAGGAGGUCCCGAAUUACAAUGUUGAGGUAUCAGCAUGGUGGAUGACGUUUGUCGUCCUCGAAUUCUUCAUUUUAAAAAUCUCUGGACAUCAUGAUCGAUUCGCCUUGAACGACUCUAUCACGUCAAUAUGUGCUGGAAUGUUGAGUCAAUGCUUUAAAUUUGGUGGGCGAACUGUAGCUAUUUUCUUAUAUGUCUUUAUCUGGAACAACUUUCGACUUAUUGAACUACCAUGGGAAUCACCAUGGACAUGGUUGCUCUGUUUAGUAUUCCAGGACUUGAUGUAUUAUUUGGGACAUCGCGCUGUGCACGAAGCUGGCUUUUUCUGGGGCCUGCAUACCAUACAUCAUAGCUCGGAAUACUAUAACUUCUCUACAGCACUUCGUCAAGCUGCCAUACAAGAUGCUGGGUUGGCUAUUUAUGAUGUUCUACAGGCAUUCUGCAUUCCGCCACCAAUAUUCCUAGUUCAUCGAUACUUCAGCGAGAUACUCCAAUUCGUCAUGCAUACUAGCGUGAGUACAGCUUUCUGCAUUCCACCACCAAUAUUCCUAGUUCAUCGAUAUUUCAGCGAGAUACUCCAAUUCGUCAUGCAUACCAGCCUGAUCGACGAUCUUGGGCCUCUCGGCAUUAUAUUCAAUACACCGUCACAUCAUCGUGUCCAUCAUGGUCGUAACCCAUACUGUAUAGAUAAAAACUAUGGUGGAGUGUUCAUCCUUUGGGAUAAGAUGUUUGGAACGUUUGCAGCCGAACGCAAAGAUGAUCCGCCAGUUUAUGGCCUUGUACACAAUGAAAACACCUUCAACCAGAUCUAUCUUCAGGCUCAUGUUCUUUGGGAUAUGAUCUACUUCAAAGGACAAAUGAAGGAUGAAAAGGGGCAACCACUAUUUCCAGGAAUAGUCAACAAGAUCAAAGCAGCACUUUAUCCCCCUGGAUGGUUCCCUGGCGUGCCAGUGAGACCAUUUUUCCAUUGGCUUAGCCUGGUUGAUACCGCCUACGGAGUUCCAGAGGUUUAUUACAUAGAUUUCACGCUGAAAAUCGCCUUCUUCCUUAUCACUAUGCAAACAUUCAGCGCUUUCUUCGAUAAAAAGUGGUAUGCCCCAUCGUUGGAGAUUUCGCGUUGUGUCGGAGUUGUAGUCUUUUUGUCUCUCAAAUUGACGGACAAAAUCGGCGUGGGCCCCCAUCGUCUGUUUAUGAUUGGUGUAUUUGUCUGUUCAGCGUUGCUUUGGAUAGGAUGUUGUAUUAAAGAGGUUAGUUGGCUUUCUAUGCAGAAAAAGAGGAUAGAUUUUAUCAAAGCUGACUAA